UCGCCAGAGUGAGGUUGUCCUGCCAGAGAAUAGAGUGUGUGGUAACCCUUGUAGUCAGGGGGGUAUAAAAGAGGAGAGGACACCACACUCCUUAGCCACAACCACUGGGGCUCUGAGCUAAUCCACAACAUGAAGGUCCUCCUCCUUGGUGCCUUGUUGGCUGCGGCCACAGCCCAGACCUUCCUGGCUCAACCAGCUCAACUGGUCCUCUGCCGUGACCAGAAUAAAGCUAACUUGAAGCUCAAUCAGGGAGCUUUCCAGCUAGCAUCAUCUUCCAGAGAAGACGACAGCUUCCAGCAGACCUUCACUGGCUCUCAACGGGCUCCCCAGGACAGACUUACAAGUUCUCAGCAAACGUUCACCGCCUCCCAGCAGGGACGAUUUGGCAUUCAGCAAGGUGCCAGUGGCUCUCAGCAGACGUUCACUGCCUCUCAGCAGGGAUGCGUUGGCACCCAGCAAGGUGCCAGUGGUGUUGGCAUCCAUCAAGGCUUCAGUGGUGUUGGCACCCAGCAAGGUUCCAUUGGUGCUAGCACCCAGCAAGGUUCCAUUGGUACUAGCACCCAGCAAGGUUCCAUUGGUACUAGCACCCAGCAAGGUUCCAUUGGUGCUAGCACCCAGCAAGGUUCCAUUGGUUUUGGCACCCAGCAAGGUUCCAUUGGUACUACCACCCAGCAAGGUUCCAUUGGUUUUGGCACCCAGCAAGGUUCCAUUGGUACUACACAGCAAGGUUCCAUUGGUACUACCACCCAGCAAGGUUCAUUGCACCCAGCAAAGGUGCCAUUGGUACUACACCAGCAGUUCCAUUGGUUUGGCACCCGCAAAGUUCCAUUGGUACUAGCACCCAGCAAGGUUCCAUCGGUGUUGGCACCCAGCAAGGUCCCAUUGGUGUUGGCACCCAGCAAGGUUCCGUCGGUGUUGGCACCCAGCAAGGUCCCAUUGGUGUUGGCACCCAGCAAGGCUCCAUUGGUGCUGUACACCCAGCAAAGUUCCAGUGGCUCUCAGCAGGGACGAUUUGGCACCCAGCAAGGUCCCAUUGGUGUUGGCACCCAGCAAGGUUCCAUUGUUGCUAGCACCCAGCAAGGUUCCAGUGGCUCUCAGCAGACAUUCACCGCCUCCAAGCAAGGACAAUUUGCCACCCAGCAAGGUUCCAGUGGUGUUGGCACCCAGCAAGGUUUCAGUGGCUCUCAACAAGGACGUGGCAGUUUCCAGCAGGGUUCCAGUGACUCUGGGCAAACUCUCCUCAGCUCCCAACAGGGACGUAUCAGCUUCCAGCAAAGUGCCAGGGAUUCUCGACAAGGACUUACCAACAACCAACUAGGUUCCAGUGGCUCUCAGCAGGCACUGACCUCCCCCCAGCAGGGACGUGGUGCUUUCCAGCAGACGUUCACCAACAAUCAACAACACUCUCACAGGCUUCAACAAGCAUCUGGUGCAGCCCAAACCUUUAUCUCAAGGAACCAUCAAGGCUCAAACAGAUUCCAGACGGGCUCAGCCACGCUUAGACAAAGUAACGGUAAUAAUCAACAAGCUACAAGUGCAGUUUCUGAGAGCAGUAGUGCAGCCCAGCGAGCAAGUACUUCUCGGCGAGUUGGCAGCACACCCCGACAACAAUUCAGCAGCAACCAACAGGCAACUAACCUCCAGCAGGCAAACAACUUCCAGAAAGGUUCAGCAAUCUUCCAGUCACAGAGAGGACAAGCAUCGCCAAGUCAGCUCCAGCAGGACACCAGGAGACCUGCAGCUCAAGCAAGUGUCUUCCAGAGUCUAACUGGCUUUCAACACAACAACAAUGCACUCCUACGGUUUGGAACUUCAGCCUCCAGUGACAAUUUGGAACAACUGAAUGAUAUCCUGGAACCCUUGAACCUGCCCUCCGGAGCCAGGUUUCUGCUAGGAGACAUCACCACCACUUUCAGUUGUAUUAACCAGCCCUACGGGUACUACGCUGACGAAGAGAACUCCUGCAAGGUCUUCCAUGUGUUACCCGGCGCUGUUCACCACCGGACGCGUCGAGACAUACCAGUAUAGCUUCAUGUGUAGUGAUGGGUCCAAGUUCGACCAGAGAGAAAUGACAUGUGUCAAAGAGGUGAACGCCAUCCCCUGCAACACCUCCUCCCAGUUCUACUCCAAGAACGCCGAGUUUGGCCUCCUUGAAGAGCGAAACUCCUUCCAAAUCUAACUCGACACCGGACGUGAAACUACUACCUCUGAGACUGGACGAUAGUCAUUCAUCUCACCUGUUCCUGCUGCGUCACCCUUGAUAUAACCCAUCUUGGUAGACCCUUAACACUUAGGAAAGCUUGAAGGCUUGGAGCUAUACCACGAACCUUGUCUUGGGACUUUAAGAGGCGAGACAACAUAGAAUCUGUGACAAAUGUUGUGAAAACCAAAAAUAUACUCAAGUUAUUU